CUGAAUCACCGCAGGGCUUGUCUCCCCCUUCCCCCCACCCCCGGCCCGGUGCCCGCAGUCCCCGCCUCCUCGGCCGCCGCCUCCACGGGGCGGGGCCCUGGCCCGGGACCAGCUGCUCCGCUAUAAAGGGGCUGCGGCGAGGCCGGCAGAACGCUGUGACAGCCACACACCCUAAGGCCUCCAAGAUGAGCUACACGCUGGACUCGCUGGGCAACCCGUCCGCCUACCGGCGGGUCACCGAGACCCGCUCUAGCUUCAGCCGCGUGAGCGGUUCCCCGUCCAGCGGCUUCCGCUCGCAGUCCUGGUCCCGCGGCUCGCCCAGCACCGUGUCCUCCUCCUACAAGCGCAGCGCGCUCGCCCCGCGCCUCGCCUACAGCUCGGCUAUGCUGAGCUCGGCCGAGAGCAGCCUCGACUUCAGCCAGUCCUCAUCACUGCUCAACGGCGGCUCCGGCGCCGACUACAAGCUGUCCCGCUCCAACGAGAAAGAGCAGCUGCAGGGGCUGAACGACCGCUUCGCCGGCUACAUCGAGAAAGUGCACUACUUGGAACAACAGAACAAGGAGAUCGAGGCAGAGAUCCAGGCGCUGCGGCAGAAGCAGGCCUCGCACGCCCAGCUGGGUGAUGCUUACGACCAGGAGAUCCGAGAGCUGCGCGCCACCCUCGAGAUGGUGAACCACGAGAAGGCUCAAGUGCAGCUGGACUCCGAUCACUUGGAGGAAGACAUCCACCGGCUCAAGGAGCGCUUUGAGGAGGAGGCGCGGCUGCGGGACGACACCGAGGCUGCCAUCCGCGCGCUGCGCAAAGACAUCGAGGAGUCGACGAUGGUUAAGGUGGAGCUGGACAAGAAGGUGCAGUCGCUGCAGGACGAGGUGGCCUUCCUGAGGAGCAACCACGAAGAGGAGGUGGCCGACCUGCUGGCUCAGAUCCAGGCGUCGCACAUCACGGUAGAGCGCAAAGACUACCUGAAGACAGACAUCUCCACGGCGCUGAAGGAGAUCCGCUCCCAGCUCGAAUGUCACUCAGACCAGAACAUGCACCAGGCCGAAGAGUGGUUCAAAUGCCGCUACGCCAAGCUCACCGAGGCGGCCGAGCAGAACAAGGAGGCCAUCCGCUCUGCCAAGGAAGAGAUCGCCGAGUACCGGCGCCAGCUGCAGUCCAAGAGCAUAGAGCUCGAGUCGGUGCGAGGCACUAAGGAAUCCCUGGAGCGGCAGCUCAGCGACAUCGAGGAGCGCCACAACCACGACCUCAGCAGCUACCAGGACACCAUCCAGCAGUUGGAAAAUGAGCUUCGGGGAACCAAGUGGGAAAUGGCUCGUCAUUUGCGAGAAUACCAGGAUCUCCUUAACGUCAAGAUGGCCCUGGACAUCGAGAUCGCCGCAUACAGGAAACUCCUGGAGGGUGAAGAGACCAGAUUUAGCACAUUUUCAGGAAGCAUCACCGGGCCUCUGUACACACACCGACAGCCCUCAGUCACAAUAUCCAGUAAGAUUCAGAAGACCAAAGUUGAAGCCCCCAAGCUCAAGGUCCAACACAAAUUUGUGGAGGAGAUCAUUGAAGAAACUAAAGUAGAAGAUGAGAAGUCAGAAAUGGAAGACACCCUCACAGCCAUCGCAGAGGAGUUGGCAGCCUCUGCCAAAGAGGAGAAAGAAGAGGCAGAGGAAAAGGAAGAGGAACCAGAAGCUGGAAAGUCUCCCGUGAAGUCUCCUGAGGCUAAGGAAGAGGAAGAGGAAGGGGAAAAGGAAGAAGAAGAGGAAGGCCAGGAGGAAGAAGAGGAGGAAGAUGAAGGUGUCAAGUCAGACCAGGCAGAAGAGGGGGGAUCUGAGAAGGAAGGCUCUAGUGAAAAAGAUGAAGGUGAGCAGGAGGAAGAAGAAGGAGAAACUGAGGCAGAAGGUGAGGGAGAAGAAGCAGAAGCUAAGGAGGAAAAGAAAACUGAGAGAAAGGUCGAGGAAGUGGCUGUCAAGGAGGAAAUCAAGGUCGAGAAGCCCGAGAAAGCCAAGUCCCCUGUGCCAAAAUCACCUGUGGAAGAAGCAAAGCCAAAGCCAGAAGCCAAGGUCGAGAAGGUUGAGCAGAAGGAGGAAGAGAAAGUUGAGAAGAAGGAAGUCACCAAGGAAUCACCCAAGGAAUCACCCAAGGAAGAGAAGGUGGAGAAAAAGGAGGAGACACCAAAAGAUGUUCCAGAUAAAAAGAAGGCUGAGUCCCCGGUGAAAGAGAAGGCUGUGGAGGAAGUGAUCACCAUCACCAAGUCGGUAAAGGUGAGCCUGGAGAAAGACACCAAAGAGGAGAAGCCUCAGCAGCAGGAGAAGGUGAAGGAGAAGGCAGAGGAGGAGGGGGGCAGUGAGGAGGAAGGGGGUGACCGAAGCCCACAGGAAUCCAAGAAGGAAGACAUAGCUAUCAAUGGGGAAGUGGAAGGAAAAGAGGAGGAGGAGCAGGAAACUCAGGAGAAGGGCAGUGGGCGGGAGGAAGAGAAAGGGGUGGUCACUAAUGGCUUAGACGUGAGCCCCUCGGAGGAAAAGAAAGGAGAGGAUAGAAGCGAUGACAAAGUGGUGGUGACCACAAAGGUAGAAAAAAUCACCAGUGAGGGGGGCGAUGGUGCUACCAAAUACAUCACCAAAUCUGUAACCGUCACUCAAAAGGUCGAAGAGCAUGAGGAGACCUUUGAGGAGAAGCUGGUGUCAACUAAAAAGGUAGAAAAGGUCACUUCACACGCUAUAGUCAAGGAAGUCACCCAGGGUGACUAAGAUCGGAGUCCAUUGCAAAAGGUUAAGCCAUAUGACAAUUUCAAAAUGCAUGUGAUUGACAGCUUCAAAACAGAAUGGGUUCUCCCAUGGGGGCUCCAGACAUUGUAUUUUCCUUUGUGCAAUAUGAGGGAACUGCAUGCAAGCUCAGGGUGCCCCCCUCCUCAGUCCUUAGGGGAAUUCAAAUGCAUGAUCGUGUAUGUACCUAGGGAAUUCGCCAGUUUCCUAAGCUGUUGGAAGAGGGGCACUGGGGGGAUGUCUUGAGAUGUAUUAUGCAAAGUACCAACUGAGCCAAAAAUAAUAAGUGAAACAGAACUCUCUUAGCCUUAAGAAAGCUAUAUAUGAAUACUUAUGUUUACCUCACUGGUGCAUUUAAAAUGGACUUCUGUUCAUGGGAGAACCUUGCUGACCUGCACAGUUCGCAACCUUAUGUUGAUCGAUGUAAAACGUCACAGCAGUCCUUGCUCAAUAAAGGUCAUACUGGAAACAUAA